AUGGACAAGGAAAAUAACAUACAAUUUUUAAUUGAUACGGGUGCUGACAUUUCCAUCCUACCAAAAUCCACCAGACGUGCAUUAAAAACAGAUACAUACAAACUAGAUGCUGCAAAUGGUACAGUUAUUAAUACAUACGGCAAUAAAAUAUUAACAAUUAAUUUAGGAUUACGUAGACCAGUUACAUGGCGGUUCGUGGUGGCAGAUGUGGCAAAAGCGAUUAUAGGAGCGGACUUUCUACAUCAUUACAAUUUAUUAGUAGACCUCAGGAGACGUCAGAUCAUUGACUCGAACACCAACCUUUUUAAAAUUGGAGCAAUAAUAGAUUCAGCAUUACCAACAAUCAGCACGAUUAAUAUUAAGGACAGGUAUCAGGCAUUACUCAAAGAAUUUACCAAUAUUACUAAGCCACAGCAUCAGGUUAGCAGAAAUCACAACGUAUAUCACCAUAUAAUAACUAAAGGACCACCAGUAACAGACAAACCUAGGAGAUUGACACUAGAAAAAUUGGCAGUCACAAAGACAGAAUUUCAGCAAAUGUUGACGGAGGGCAUAAUACAGCCAUCGAAGAGUCAAUGA